AUGGGUAAUAGACACUCUAGCGACGUAAUACACACUCGUCAAGACCAAGAAUCAAAUUCUGUAGGUAUAUUACAAGCUGGAAUAAAAGGCAUCAAGCCUAAGCACAAAAUAUGUGAUCCAAGCAUAAAAAAACCUAAAACCAUGAGAAAGCCCAGACUUCUGAAUAAAACGAAGUCAACACGAAUUGAUUUUAACGCAAUCAAAGAAUUAUAUAGCGAUAAAAUGCCUGUAAUGUUGGCAUUCAUAACUACAGAAUCGGAGUGUCGUUUACGUCUCUCAAAGAAGCCCACAAAAUAUAGCUCGAUGCUCGUUCACAACGCGGACGAGAAAUCGUGUCGAAGAGUAUUUUCUUUGCCCUGUUCUAAAUACUGUAGAGAUUGCAGAAAAUUAUCAUCUGAGUGCGUAUAU